UGUUCGGGCUUUGAAUUUAGCAGCUCUGCAGCUGUGUGUGAUCCUUGGUGAUCCUUCAAAAUGGCUUUGUGGGACGAAGUAUCAUCAGGUUUUGAUGCUGAGGAUGAGACCAUCAACUUUGGCACUCGGAUAAUCACAGAAAACAAUGGCUCGCUGUAUGAAGUGUGUACGGUAGCAACGAUUAAAUCCCUUGAUAAGGUAGAUCAGCAACCAAAUGUUUUAGUAUCUCUUCAACAUUCUAAGUUUUGUGUAGCAGUUGAUAAGUCUAUUACAAUUUUUAAAGAUGAGACAUGUGAUGAAAUAUUAUGUAACAUCAGUUUCCCCUCCAGGAUAAUUUGUUAUUGCAUUUCUAAAGAUGGUUUCUUUCUAUUUGUUGUGCUUGCUACCAGGAUCUUGUACUGUUUGCACUUGUUACAUGGAAAAGAAAUUUUUACAAAAACUAUCUCUGAUAAUCAAAACAAUGUAAUAAAAAUAUUUUUGAAAGAGCAAGGUGAAAAGGAAGAAGCAUUUAUAAUUCUUGUCACAAACACUGGCGCUAUUUACAGAUUCUCCAAGUUUUAUCCUAAAGCUUUAAAACUUGCAAUUACCAAUGAGAAUGAUGAGAUGGUUGCAGAACAUACGACAAAUAUUCAGUGUUCUCAGUUAUUCGAGGGAUUCACAUCUCUGGAGUUCCUUAAUGCUACAAUGAAUACAUCAUCAAAAGAAUCGUCAAUAACUAUGGUGGGAACACAUUCCAUAUAUACUUGGCCUAGUGAACAACUCAGUGAAUUUCACAAUGUAUUUUCUUUUGGAUAUAAAAAGAUAAUGCCAUUGAAUGGUAGCAGGAAAAUGCUUUGUCUGCGUACAAAUCAUAUAUUAAGUAUUAUGUGCCCGAAUACAUUGCUUGGAUUGAAGAUAUGUGACGACCCAGUGUAUGAUUUUACAGUAAUACAACAUGAUGACAGUGUCGAUCACUGUGACAUUUUAUUUCUAACACAAUCUAAACACAAUCCAAUUUUGUAUACAUUAUAUCUUGUUUCUUACCCAGAAUUUGAACAGAAAUUGGAGAUCAAUGUUUCUGCUAACACUUAUUUGUCAGACAUUUUUCACGCUUCCAAUAAUAUAAUUUAUGUAGAAGGUAUUACUAAUGAAAAUCAAAUCAUUGACACAUUCAGGAUAAAAACAAUAUCGGAAAGUAUUCCCGAAAUGCGUUUAGCGAGAUUGUUAAGAAAAAAGCAAUUUGACGCAGCUGAAGCUUUUGCGGAAAAAUUAAGUCUUUCCAUGGAACCUAUUUAUUGCUCUAAAGCAGCGUUGCUCGUAGAACAGCUUGGUCUUUGGGCAAAAUCUGCUUCUCACUCAGCCAGCGUGGAUGAAUUAAUAAAUAUUUUGGAUAAGAUACAAGAUAUGCAAUACGUGAUUGAAUGCUGUAACAAGGCGCUCAUUUUGAACAGUGCACAAAUGAGACAAAUAUAUUUGUAUGCUCGGCAAAGGAUAAUGCAAAAUAUGAAGAGGGAAAAUAUAAGCGAUUCGCCGAUUGCCAGUCUGUCUUUGAUAAACGAUGCUUUACACAGACUCGAGACUUUUGAAUUAAUCCAAGAUAUCGAGACAGAUGCAUUAUCGAGCGAUGAUGCAGUUACGAAAGAAUGGAUAAGAUUUUCACAAGUAAAUUUAUUGAAGGAAUGCACUACUCGUUUACGCAUGGGUCAACUGGAAUCUGCUUCUUUGAUUUGGACGAGGCACCUUCCUCACAUAGCGAAGUUUGUGUCUAUGCAAACUGUACGAAAUAUAUUUGCGAUUUUACCCGAAGAUAUGGCUCCGUCGCGUUUGUGGUCUUGGCUUACGCAUUUUAUACCCACUUUAUUGUCUCUGUUACCUGACGCAAUGGAUGAGAUUAUGUCUUGGGGUCUGAAGAAAUUAAAAUAUCUCGAGAUAUCUCAUCGUACGGGAUGGCCGGAUAUCGGCAUAGAUUUUGCCAAAAAAUUUGUAAGAUUGCUCAAGAUUGAAGACAGUGAACAUUCUGCGCACUUUCACCAAGAAUACAGAUAUCAGAACUCCGCAUUGAAGCAGCUUAUGCUCUUACUUCAGGCUUUGUCCGACAUACAACAGUUGAAAGUAGCUUACAGAUUGAGAAUUCCUCUUGAUAUAUAUGUUAACUCGCCUGUGGAAACGGUUUAUAUGCUGUUGGACAAAAUACAUCUGGACGAAAUCUCGAAUUUCGUAAAUGCAUUUUUAAAACAAUACAUACUUAAUAAUAAUUUGCAAAACGACAUUGUUCUCUGCGCGUAUAUUCAGAAAACAAUAAUAAAUUCGAAUAGUUGGUGGUUUGACGAGGAAGUCGCAUGGGAGAGAAGAAUUGCUAUUGUAACAAGUCUUAUAUAUAAUAUAGAGAAACGGUUGGAGCAAACUUUGGCAAUUUUAAAAAAGGCACCAGUUCCCUGGAGUUCGACUAUAGCUACUCUGGCAGAAACGAGCAGUAAUUUUGACCAUAGUUUAGCUGCAAAAAUUAAAAUUGAACGUAAUUACGUUUCGAUAAAACUUGUCUUAAAAAAAUAUGGAUAUGCAGCAAUUGGCAUAAAUAACAAAUUAAUAUCACGUAUAAUAAAAGAAGACCGUGAUUCCACGAUUAAUGAUAUAGAAGUGCUAACUAAAAACGAUCAGCAAUUACGACAGGAUUCAUUUUGUCGAUGCAUAAACGUCCGACUGAACGAAGGAAAUCUGCAGAAAGCAAUGGAUAUAAUACAUCAUCUAGAAAAUAAUAUUUCUGAUGCUUUAUAUUGUUACGAAGGAAUUGUUAAUUAUAUUGUCGCAUCUUUCUCUUUUCAAAAUGUAGCGACAUCCUUGAUGUGCCAUAUAGAAAUACUCGGCUGCUUAGAAUUCAAAAUACGUAAUUUGUUAAUGCAACCGAAUGUUUGUUCUUUUCGUUGCAACAAUAUUAUCAAUAUGAUAAAAGAUUUAAGAUCAUUAUACGCAUUGAGGAAAGAUUAUAAGAUUGAUAUUUCAUUGAAGAAUUAUCGUAUGCAGAAAUCGCUUGUACUGGAAAACUAUAUCGCAAAAUCGCUUCCAAGUAUGAUGGAAAAUAACUUGUCAGAGAUGCACAAGACAGUGAUUAAAAUAACCGAGUUGCUAGGACUAGAAAAGUCGUAUGCGACUUUAUUUUUAUUAGAGCAGGUGAAAGAUAUAAACGUGUUGCAGCAACUUGCCAAAGACAACGCUGAAGAUUUAAAUUUUAUGUCAGGCGAAUUUAUAAAUAUGAAAAAGAUAUGCUUAUCGGCAUUGCGACAUACUACUGUAAACGUGAAUACCGUGAAGGUUAUCAAAAACUUCAGCGCUUCUUUAUUAGAAUCUUGUAGCGAUAGUGACUUACAAUCUGCAUUAAUACUCCAUACGAAUAUAUGUCCAAGCCUUUCUCUUCAAUAUUCUGAUGUAAAACAAGGAAUCACACCGCAGUCUAGUUGGAAAUUGUACACGAUAUAUAAAGAUCAAGCGAUAUCUUUGGAUCAGAGAUUAUUUGCUUUCUUCAAAGAUGCGAUAUCUCUUUGCUUAUAUUAUUCAGAUCAGAUUGAUAGCAAUGAAGUCACAAAUUACAACGAACGAAUGGAUCAAUUGCUCAACAACUUCCUGGAAAGUAUAAGAAAAGUGCAGCUGCAGCACAACGAUCACUCCUUAUUGCAAAUUUUCAACACAUUCUAUUUUGUGUACUGCAGCACAUCUGUAAAAAACGAGAGCGUGCUAACAGAAAUGAAAUCUAUAUUAUCUCAACUUGUCACAAAUUUAUUGAAGAAAUUGUGCACCGGGCUGUUCGAUUUGCAAUUGGGACUAUCUUGUCUCUUUAUGCUGCCUAAACAAGAGGCGCGCAAUUGGCUUACCGCGGAUUGCGCAUCAUUUCACAUCGAUCACGGUUGGUAUUCUACAAUUUCCACUCUGGGAUAUGAAUAUUCGCGUUUGAAGAAAAAUCAAUCGUUGAUGCAGAAGUUCGAAGAUCACAAGCUGUUGCACAUCUGGGCGCAGCGACUGUCGCAUUAUUCGAUAGCUUAUAAAGAAGUUUUUAUGAAUAACGCUUCGAGCAAGAGGGAAAUUUUGCAACAGAUUAUAAACAGUAACAAAGAGAACGUGAUUCCUUUGUUAAAAGACUAUUGCUGCAAUUUCGGCUUUGAUUUCAACGAUUGCCUUUGGCAUUAUUUGAAAAUAAUCCUCGAAACGUGGAAUCCAAUGAUAACUGUUUCGAAUACAGGCGCAAACAAAGAAUUACACGUCUGCACCGAUGAAGUGUGUGAGUUGAGAAAAAAGUGUAACGCAAUUGUCGCGCAAAUGGAAGAUAAAUCCAUGUUGAAACAACAUAUCUCCACAUUAUGGGACCAUAUCACCUUCUACCACUAUGAAAUGUUCAUCAUACUAAUGGAUCUCAUAGGAGAUAAAAAUAUGGAAAGAAGAAAUUACCUCUGCUUUUUGCAAAACUACACUCGGAGUGGGUCUCCUACGCCGAUGGAACAUGAUAAAUGGAUGCAGCUCAAUCCGGGACACAGUGCACUACCACCGAUAGCUCAAUGGAGACUUCCGUUCUUGCCCAAGGUGGACAUUUGGAAAAUUAUCACGCCCGAAUUGAAUUUAAAGACGUACGAAAAAUGGCUCGACAUCGCACCCGUCCUCAAUUUGGAGACGCAUCUUAUAUGCACAUUAGCUAUCAAAGGUGAAAUGACGUACGUUUGGGAAAAUACCGUCAAAUCGCGAGAUACCGCGUGGUCGCUUUAUCCGAAGAACACCACAUUGCUCGAGAAUAUCAAGAAAUGUAUACAACGAAUCACCGACUCGAACGGAUUCUAUUACGGCACCGCGGCAUUGUACUACGUCGUCAAUCACACACCGCCGGGUGCGGAUCGCGUCGCUGCCGUGAAAGAAUGCCACGAAUACGCUCAACUGGCGGCGCAAAAUUCUACCCGGUUUGAAGAGGGAAUGCUGGAGAAAAUUAAAUCCAAGUAUCUGAGAUACACGUCCGAGCAUAUUCUACGAACGUACGGAUUGGAGAAGGAUAAGUAUCUUGCUCUAAUCGACAAUCCGUGCAGACUGAUAUACGAAUUGUACAACGACGAAAGCAUACCGUCGCGAUAUCAAAUCGCGACCAACUACAGGCCGGAUAUCAACGCUGCCGUUAACAAGCUCGGCGAAUUGUUCUCGUUGAAUAAGACGAAGCUGCGCUUGGAUUUGCUACAAGAAUGGUUACAGUCCAAUGUCAGAUACGCCGAAUUGUAUCAGAGCUUUACGGAGACGGUCCCGGCGUUGAAAGAGUCCAGUCGGAGCACAGAUUGUGAAGAUAAUAUGCUCAGAAUGUGUUACAUGAUCGAAUAUGGCGAUACAGAUUUGUUUGCGCAGUUUCUUAUAAAUAUAGGCUUCGACGAUCCCCACGGCAAAACUGAAUACAAAUGCGACGUGCGAUAUCGAGUGCUUCGGGUACUGCAAACUGUUGUUGACACCGCCACUUUGGAAGAAUUGACCAAGCGAGACGUCUCUACUUUCAGGAAGUACAUGAACUCGCUAAAUUAUGUUAGCAAACUGGAAUCGUUGGGAUUGUGUUAUAGCGUUGAAACAUUCGAAACGUGCUGCAAACGCGAGCUCGUUCAGAUACUGUGGACAAGAUUGCGUCACUUGCCCUACGCUCUCUCUGUUAUAACACAGAUUUGCAUCGAGUUUAAGUUGCACGAUAUUGUAGUUUGGAACGACACUCUGAGCCAAAUGACAAAACUGCGAAUGGUGAGCGAGUUAAAGAAAGUCUUAUUGCAACUACGAAGUGAGAGCGCUAUCGUGUGCUGUAACGGCUACAAAAUGGGAUGGCAGUUAAUUAUUUCCGAACCGUUCAGAGAAAUGGAUGUGAAUCCGAGUCCGGAGCAAAUUAACAAUUGUAUAGAGGCGAUCUGCCUAUUAUAUUCGUGUCCCAUGCCACACGAAUUAGAAUUCACCGCUGUCGUGCGAAAUUCUUUUCAAUGCAAACAGGCGCACUUGGCCGCUGCGCUCCUGCCAUUUUUAAAUGAUUCUGAAAAGAAAUUUGUUUUGGAGACGAUUAAUCGACAAUGCGAAAUCGCAAAACUCGAAGAAGACUUACGUCAUUUAUCUACUAAAGGAGUGCUCACGGUUGCACGUAGUCUCGGCAUUAUACAAAAGUCCACAACGUGAAACAAAAAAGGAAUUCUUCUUUUAUUGGAAAACCAGCUUGCAAUAUGACUUAUUUGUUAAACUAUUCUCAAGUUAUAUCAAAGAAACGUAUUUUUUUGAAAUUAUUUAUACUGCGCUAAGUGUAAUUGAUAUACUGAUUGUAGAAAUAAAUAGAUAUAAUUGA